AUGUCUCGAUCCUUCAACGGGUGCAAACGAUGUAAAGCCCGGCGGCAGAAAUGCGACGAGCAGCGUCCCAGUUGUGGUCGCUGCAUGUCGGCCGGCACGCAAUGUCGAUAUGCGAUGCAGCUGCAGUGGGGGGGCCGAGCCUUUUCGCGCUCAAGGUUUGGAGCCUGCGUGGGAACAGGAGGCAUGCAAAAACUAGAGUACUCCCCGGGCGAAUUCAUCUACACCACCAAAGCUGCGGCUGCUCUUUCUCCGGGCACAAUAGCAACAUCUCCUUCUACCCAACCGACGAACACCACCUUAGUCCGCCAUAUUGAUCCGUUCGCCUCCCUCUCUACCGAUCAGAAAUCCCUCCUACACCACUUCCUCAAUGAUGCCUCUCAGAUCACGGCUUGUCAUUCCGGCAUGCAGCGCGAUAUCUGCAAGAUGCUCGUCCCUAUGGCCCUUCAGACCCCGUCCCUCCUCUACGCAACCAUGGCCCUCUCCGCUAUCCACCUCCAAGCCCUCCACAACCAAUCUGAAAACGUCAAGUCUGCACCCGAAAUCGCACGCUUUAUGGCCCUCAGUUUAGAACAUUUCAGAACGGAACUACAGAACCCUGCGAGCAGGGGAUCGGAUGCGCUGCUUGCAACCGCCCGGACCCUCUGCCUCGCCGAGAUUCAUUCCGGUGCAAUUCACCCCAAUUCCUGGCGCGCACAUAUCGAAGGUGCCCGGGCUCUGAUGGAGGCCUCGGAUCAGAGCGGGGCGCUGUCCCCCAAGUCGCCGGAGGGGUUCAGACGGUAUCUAGAUAGAUGGUAUCGGUCAAUUGUGUCGCUGACAGCGUUGACGGGGAAUGGGCCGCCCAUAGGUGAAGCUACGGAUCAGCUGGUCUCCAUUGGACCAAACCAGUCGGCCUCGCCGGAUUACUUGGAUGAUUACUGGGGUUUUACGGUAAACUUGGCCACAAUCUUCCGGAGGAUUGGGGCUGUCGCGUGGCGGGAGCAUCAGAGUCGGGGCCAGGAAGGUGAUGAGAGUUCUGUCCAAGGGAACGAGAUCAGCGUACACAACGAAGCUGCAGCGCUGGAGUCGUCGCUCCGCCAUCUCAUGGAACAAGAAGUGGCUUCGCAGCCCGCAUUCUACCCUGGCGUCGUGGAGGGUCUUUCUGCGGAAUGUAUCCAACAGCUCAUGCUCUGUAACGAGGCCUUCCAACUCAGUGCUCUCAUUCAGAUCCAUCGUCGACUGCGAAAGACACCAGCGUCUGCACCGGUGGUGCAGGAGUCGGUUAAGAGGAUCCUUGAAUGCACGGCUCAAAUCGGGCCGUCUCCGGGACUGAGCCCGUGGGUAAUGCUGACUACCCCGCUAUUCAUCGCUGGGUGUGAGGCGCGCGGAGAAGACCGUGAGCAAGUGCGACGGCUACUGUCCUCGCUGCACGAUACCAUUCGAGUACCAAAUGUGUUGCAGUCAUUGAAGUUUCUGGAACAGUAUUGGGCGAAUCAGUUGGAUGAGAACGAGGGGUGGAGUCAAUAUCUCGAUCGGAUGAGAUUUGAUUUUAUCCCGUACUAA